GAGCUGAGAUGGAUCAGCUGCACGCUUUUGCAUCUGCCACCGUCACCUACCUCUCCCAACUCCCUCGCCCAGCUGCUCUCUCCCUCGCCGCCUUCUUCCUUCUCCUCCCUCUCAUCCUCCGCCGCCGGACUUGGUACAACGCACCACCUGGCCCUAUCGGAUGGCCUAUACUCGGUUACCUCCCUUACCUCUCCGAUCGUCUCCACGAGGAUCUCUUCCACCUAGCCAAGACCUAUGGCCCACUCUUCAGCCUCCGGAUGGGACAGAGGCCUGCCAUCGUUGUUUCCUCGCCGGAGAUGGCGAGAGAGGUCCUCAAGCACAAGGAAGCGUCGUUCUCUAGCCGUACGAUUACGGAGGCUGUACGAUGCAUCGCGUAUGACGGCACGUCUCUUGUCUUUGUCCCCUACGGUUCCCGGUGGAGGCUUCUGCGUAAGAUCAUUACUUCCGAAUUCUUCUCCUCUCGCGCCAUUGAGCUCUUCCAACCCGUCCGGAGACAGCAGGUCGAAGGCCUACUUAGAACUCUAUACACAAGCUCGAAGUCCAAGACUCCGGUGAACGUUGCCGACUCCAUGUUUGUGGUCUCGUCCAACCUCACAAGUAACAUUGCAUUUUCAAAGAGCCUAUUCGACACCACAAAGAAGGAAGGAAGAGAGCUCAAAGACAUGGUGUGGGAGGUCCUAGAGACUGUAGCUGUGCCCAAUCUGGCUGACAUGCUCCCUUUUUUAAAGGUGUUUGACCCACAAGGUUUGAAGAGAAGAUUGUCUAAGGUGGGCAUGAGGUUUGACAAGUUCCUUGAGCAAUUGAUCGAUGAGAGAUUGAAGGAGAGGGAGAAAGGAUUCAAGAAGAAUGGGAAGAUGGACAUGUUGGAUGUGUUCUUAGACUACAGGAGUGAGAAGGAAGAUGAGUUGAAGCAGUUCUCUAGGGUUGAUAUCAAAGGGAUACUUUUGGACAUGUUCAUGGCGGGUGGAGACACUACAUCAAGCACAAUAGAGUGGGGGAUGACUGAGAUCCUCAAGAAACAGGAAAGCCACAAGAAGAUAUUAGCAGAGCUUGAUCAAGUGGUCGGAAAACAUCGAUUCGUGGAAGAAUCCGACAUCCCUAAGCUCACCUAUUUCCAGGCCGCCGUGAAGGAAGUCUUCCGGCUCCACCCAGCAGUUCCCCUUCUCGUCCCUCGCCGGACCAACGAAGCAUGCGAGGUCAGCGGUUACAGCGUGCCCAAGCAUGCAAUUCUCUUUCUCAACGUCUGGGGAAUGGGCAGAGACCCCAAGAUAUGGCCGGAGCCUUGUGAGUUCAAACCGGAGAGGUUCCUGGGCUCCAGUGUUGAUGUCAAGGGCCAAGACUUCGAGAUUCUGCCUUUUGGAACUGGACGAAGAUCAUGCGUUGGCAUGCCUCUUGGUCACCGGAUGGUGCACUAUUCUCUGGCCUCGUUGCUUCAUGCUUUUGAGUGGGACUUCCCUUCAGAUGUCUUAGAAGAUACAACCGAGAAGGUAGGGAUUACUCUGCAGAAGGUCAAGGUCUUGAUAGGUGUUCCUAAACCUCGCUUGCAGGAUUCUGUGUACCAACUGCAGUAAUCAGUAAUGACAACUCUCCGAAAGAUUCACGACUCUUUCUAUGUGUCAUUGAGAAAUAAACUAAGCGUUUUUUUUCCUUGGAAACUUGAAUUGUAAACCAAAACUUAUGUAAUAACUCCUGUUCUGGUUUUGUUUCCUUCUGUUAUUUAA